AUGCUAAAGCAAGCCUACACUUACAAUUCAGUAAAUCUCAACCAAGGUCCAUUUCACAAGGUGAAAGAACAACCACUCAAUUGUUUGUUGCCAACGAAAAGGAACAGAAGAAUGAAAGAAAUUAACAGAGAAGUGCGAGCUCUUUUAAUGGGUAUCAUCAACAAAAGACAGAAAACUAUAACGGUUGCAGGAGCCAACAACGAUGACUUGUUAGGGUUGUUACUUGAAUCCAAUGAUAAAGAUAUUCAAGAAAAUAAAAACAAGAAGAAUGUUGGGAUGGACAUCGAAGUGGUCAUCCAAGAAUGUAAGCUAUUCUACUUUGCAGGGCAGGAAACCACAUCUGUUCUUCUUGUUUGGACAAUGGUUGUAUUAAGUAUGCAUUCAGAAUGGCAAGUGCGUGCUAGGGAAGAAGUUUUACAAGUCUUUGGGAAGAACAAACCGGAUUUUGAUGGACUAAAUCACCUCAAAAUUGUUACCAUGAUUUUGUAUGAGGUUCUUAGAUUAUAUCCACCAGUGUUAUUUCUUGUUUGGAGUACAUACAAGAACAUAAAACUAGGAGAAAUAUCUCUACCCCCUGGAAUACAACUAAUUUUACCAAUAGUCCUUCUUCACCAUGAUCAAGAAGUAUGGCGUGAAGAUGCAAAAGAAUUCAAACCACAGAGAUUUGCAAAAGAAUUUGACAUGCUUUUAUUGACCAAGGAGAUAACCUGCAACAAGGUGAAAUUCUUGCCACAGUAUUUCUCCACGAACAAAUCAAUCGCUUGA